UCUAGGUUUAUUAUAUAAAAAAAAUGUUUUAUUUAUUCAUUUAUUUUUUCGCUGUGUCUCAGGAGGUUCCUGGCCGAACAAAGGGUUUGUAAUCGCAAUCAGGGCCGGUUUAAACGCUCGCGUAAACACGGCUUGUCCUGUCCUGCGUCGCGUCGCGUUGCGUUGCGUCGCGUCUCGCUCGCGCUCUCUCAGCGGAGACUCUUCCGUCACGGUCACGGUGGACACGUCAGAGACCACCACACAUUUACUCGAGAGAGCGUCCGCUCGGAGACCCUCUGCCCUACUUUUGUUGCCCGAUGCUGCUGCGCGUGGAGGAUGAGGAGGCAAAUCCCGGAAUGUCCUCGCGGAUGGAUGCAGCUGUUGUUGUAGUUCCGCUGGAUAGUUCCGUGAGUGAAUCGUGAAUCAAUAGAUAGAUAGAUAGAUAUUAUUCAUCCCAUGAGGGACACCGAAGGACAGCUUUGGAAGGACUUUUAAAGCACCGGAGGAGAGAAGGGGGUCCACUCAGUGCCGACCGGAGCGUGAUGGACCCCCUGGCCAACAUACGCGCGUCUCAGGCGGAGCGCAGCAGCAGAGGAGCCGCCGGUGGGGGAUCAGCGGACGAGCAGAGACGCGGCUGCGGGAGAGACGCGGCGCUGGGCGGCAGCGACAGUCUGAGCAGCUUCGCCGACAUGGAAGACUCGCUGGAGGAGAAACUCAAAGGUCUGGCGUUCAGGAAGCAGAUCUCGUACAGGAAAGCCAUCUCACGGUCGGGCCUCCAGCAUUUGGGUCCUGCUCACAGUCCCUUCCCUGCCCUGAGCAAUGGACCAGCCAAGGAGCUUCGCAGCACAGUGGACUGGAGCGAGAAUGCAGUGAACGGUGACCACCUGUGGCUGGAGACGAAUUGCUCCGGCGAUCUCUGUUACCUGGGCGAAGAGACGUGCGUGGUCAAGAUUGCAAAGUCGGCUCCCCGGAGGAAGUGUGCAGCCUGUAAGAUCGUGGUCCACACGGCGUGUAUCGAGGAGCUGGACAAGAUCAACUUCCACUGCAAACCCACCUUCAGAGAGAGCGGCUCUCGUUGCCUUCGAGAUCAGAACGUUUUGAGACAUCACUGGGUCCAUCGCCGGCGACAAGAGGGGAAGUGUCGUCAGUGCGGAAAAAGUUUCCCGCAGAAGUUCUUCCACAGCAAGGAGAUUGUGGCCAUCAGCUGCUCCUGGUGCAAGCAGGCAUUCCAUAACAAGGUCACGUGCUUCAUGCUACAUCAGAUCGAGGAGCCCUGCUCGCUAGGAGCUCACGCCGGGGUCAUCGUACCCCCUUCCUGGAUCAUCAAAGUCAGGAAACCGCAGAGCUCAUUUAAAAACUCCAUUCGAAGGAAAAAACGGACGUCGUUCAAAAGAAGAGCCAGCAAAAAGGGGAUGGAUGAAUCAAAAUGGCGUCCGUUCAUGCUGAAGCCGCUGCCCUCACCGCUGAUGAAGCCAGUGCUGGUGUUCGUCAACCCCAAGAGUGGAGGAAACCAGGGGACGAAGCUGCUGCAGAUGUUCAUGUGGAUCCUGAACCCUCGGCAGGUGUUUGAUUUGCUGGAAUUAUACAGGAAAGUGCCAAAUCUUCGCAUCCUUGCCUGUGGAGGAGAUGGAACGGUGGGCUGGAUUCUCUCGGCCUUAGAUGAACUACAAAUGAACCCACAACCUCCUGUAGCUGUGCUUCCUCUUGGUACAGGAAAUGACCUUGCCAGGACACUGAACUGGGGAGGGGGUUACACAGACGAUCCGGUGUCGAAGGUCUUGUGUCAGGUGGAGGACGGGACGGUGGUGCAGCUGGACCGCUGGAAUCUGCAGGUGGAGCGAUCGGCCGUUCAGCCGGAGGAGGGAACACAGAAGCUUCCUCUAAACGUGUUCAAUAACUACUUCAGCCUCGGCUUUGAUGCUCACGUCACACUGGAGUUCCACGAGUCCAGAGCUUGGUACUGUGCUGGUACCAUGCCGUGGGGCAACACGGGCGACCACAGAGACUUCGAGCCUCAGAGGCACGACGACGGCUGCGUCGAGGUGAUCGGCUUCACCAUGGCCUCACUGGCGGCGCUGCAGGUGGGCGGCCACGGCGAGCGGCUGCAUCAGUGCAGAGAGGUGGUCCUCACCACCUUCAAGACGCUGCCGGUGCAGGUGGAUGGAGAGCCGUGCCGCCUCGCGCCCUCCACCCUCCGCAUAUCUCUGAGAAACCAGGCCAACAUGCUGCAGAAGAGCAAGAGACGCACGUCUGUGCCGCUGCUCAACGACAUUCAGAAAGUGUGCGCUGCUGACCUGCGCCGCCUCUCUGCUCCCCCCGACUCCUUCUCUGUCCCUCAUGCCGUGCCUGAACGUCUGCGUUUGCGCGUGAACCGCAUCGUCCUGCAGGAGUACGAGAGCAUGCAGCUCGACAAGGAGCGUCUGCGUGACAUCUCUACUCCUGUUGGCAUUGUGGUGGUGAGAGGAGACUGUGACCUGGAAACCUGUCGACUGUACAUUGACAGACUGCAGGAGGAUUUGCAUCAGCCACCCUCUAGCGGUCACAGAGUACACUACCAGGAUGAGAGCGCCGGUCUGCCGCGGCCCAGUUCAGCACACAGACUUUCACCCAGCUGGAGCUUCCUAGACUCUACAUCAGCUGACCGCUUUUAUCGCAUAGACAAGGCUCAGGAGCACCUGCACUUCGUGACCGAAAUAUGCCAGGAUGAGGUUUUCAUCCUGGACCACGAGGCUCCAGCGGUGAGCCAGGUCUGGGUCCCUGGAAUGCCAGAUGUGGUGGUGGAGCCCAGUUCUGGGGCUUCCCUGACCGCAGACGAACAAGCUCUCCUGUCGGCUGCUGAUAAAGGAGACAUGGAGGUGGUGUCAGGCUCCUGCACCAGUGGGGUCAGUCUGUUGGUGCGGGACUCUAUGGGCUGCAACGCUCUGCACCUGGCCGCCCAACACGGCCACAGGGAGAUCGUGAGUUUUAUUCUGGAGCAAGGGUCAAAACUGAUGUUGGAUUUAACUGACAGAGACACAGGCGACACCGCAUUGCACAAAGCAGCGUCUCAGCAGCAUGUGGAGGUGUGCAGAUGUCUGCUGGAGGCCGGGGCUUCCCUCAGCAAAACUAACUUCCUAGGAAAAACUCCCAAGGAUUGUGCCCUGGAUGCCGGGAACUCAGAGUUGACGUCCCUCAUGGAGAGCCAGCCGGUGGAGGAGCCGGAGGCGCACGAGGAUCUGGAGACGGCGGUAUGAACGGGCUCAUGAGUCAGAGUCAGGAAGAUUUUUACCCACAGAAAGUGGCUGUCGGCACUCCUCCAAGCAUCUGCUCGCACCCGCAGAGACAGAACGGGAGAGCAUGAGAGAAGAAAGACAAAGAGGGAGGUGAAUCGAGAGUGCCUCGGGCUGAGAGAGUCCUCGGGAUCGUGUUUUUCCACUAAUGUCGCUGUGGGGUUUUAGCAUUUAUUUAUUGCUCUUAUUUAUUAUAACUAUUUAUUCAAAGAUGGAUUGGGUUUUGUUGCAUCACAGGUUAGUUUUAGAGACAAAAGACGUUUAAACAUGCCAGAGAUUGAAGCUUUCAUGCAUCAUGUUGUGUGCCAAAGACACACAGAGAGGAAGAACAUCAACUGAAGGAAGAUACUGAAAAGAGUUUGAUUAAAGGAGGAUCUUCUUCAGAGAGUUUUUACGAUUGGACACAAUCAUUGCAGAGAUUUUAAACUCAAACCACAGACUUUUCACAUUUUGUUUGUGUGCUGUUACAGUGGCGUGAUUGUGAAAUUACCUUACAACGGCGAGAGAAGAUCUGAGCCAAAUUCAGUGCAAUAUGAAUGGAUGACAUUUGUGCAUUUAUCUAUUUAAUAUUACAUUACAUUAAUGUUUCAAGACAAGCAAAGGAACGGAUGUGUUUUUCCAUUGAUAGCAGCUGAUUGGUUUCUGAAAUGCCAAGUUGCUGAUCAUAAGGUUGCGUUUGACAGAAGAAUGACUGAGCAAAUGAGUUAAACGUGGUAUUUCGAACAUAUACUUAGUCCAUCAUUCAUGACGGGAAAUGCCCAGCGACGUGUCUGCAUGAAAAGCGGAUCACGCUGAGCCGUCGUGAGAGCCAUUUAGAGUGAUCUGCUGUGUUAUCUUGUAUCAUUUUAAAGCAUUAUUGUGCAUGGGAAUUUUUGUUACCUCUCUGGAUGUUUCUACCCCUCAGUGAUUAUGUAAUGAAAUGGCAUUAUUUCUUUUUGUAAUUUUAAGUUAUAUGAAAAAUAUGAAAUUGUUCAGUGGUUGUAUUUAGUUUUUUUUAAUCUUUUAAAAGAUGGGACAGCUUGAAUGUUUUAGAUUUGUUUUUCACAUUUCUAAAUAUCCAUUUUAGGUGUGUAUGAGGUCAGUGUAGAUGUGAUGGAGAUGUGACAGAUAUGAUGGUGCACGAUCUCAAAACUGGGAAUGUUUAUCAUUAAAGGCAGUCGGAUGGAAAGCACCAGUGUUGUGUGUUUACUGGACAGUCAUAACCCUGAAGUUACAGCUAGAGAAGUUAAAAUGCUUUAAAUAACAUGCAGUGUUUCCACUCUAGUAUGAACAUUUACUUUAUUCAUUCUCCCCGAAGGACCGUGCUUUUUACAGUGUAGUGUCCCUGUCACUAUACUGGGGCAUUAGGGCCCACACAGACUGCAGGACGAAAAUCAAUGACUCAGUGUGGCGAAUGGAGUUUCUGUUGAAUCAUUUACUUUGACUCUGAGUCACCGCGGAGUGAUGACGCGUCAGUUUGGCUCCGCCUUCUGUGCGUAAAAGUCUCGAGCCUUCGGUCACAUCAGACACAACACGGA